CGUAAAGCAAGUGACGCAUAUGAAUAUGCAGGAGAGAAGAAGGAUGAAGCUAAGAGUUUGAUGAAACGAAUCGCAAGCGCAGCAUUGAACUACGGCCAAUAUGCAUCAGACAAAGUUAAGGAUGCAUACGAUACGGCUGACCAGUUCACAGAUAGCGCUAAGGAUGCGUGGCGCAGUACUAAGGAACAUGGUAUCAACACUGUGCCUGAAUAA